UGUGUCACUACGCCAGUCAGCAUUGAUGUUGCAUGAGUGAUUGUGAGUGACGCUUGAAAUGACAAUAAAGUUGCAUGCAACCGCUCCUCUUGUUGGCAAUAUGUUGCUUGCAGGCGUUUGGUCAAUAUGCUGGUAUUUGUGAUGUGAUGUGUCAAGCAGAAAAUUAAGGUGGAAAAAUAUUUUAAAUAUGCACAUACCUGCGCACAUACAUAUAUGCAUACAUAUGUGAAAAUUUGCGAAAGUUGUGUGAAAUUUAAUGCACUGCAGGGAGGCAGAGAUUUUUUGUGCAAUUUGAGAGGCGUGAGAAAUAAGAAAAGCGCGUGGAUACCGAAUUUGUGAAUUUCAUCUAUAUUAAAAAAGAAAGAAAAUCGAUUGCGAUAUCGCGUAAAUAGUUAUACCUACUAUAUAUGUAUAUGCAUACGGCUGACUACGUCAGGAGCACGAAAAUGGAUACCGUUUACGGCACAAAAAAGUAUUUUCAAAGCCUAUCUGGUGCUAGUGAUAUCUAUCGGACGCCAGCAUGUCGCGCAGUGUCCAACGAUUACACCUACCAAAACACACUAGGUCGCCGUUCUACACUCGGCGCCUACUAUCAUAUGAACAAGCAGCCUUCAUACACGAACGAGCACAGUUUGAAUAGUCAGUACGGCUAUAAUGCGUGGGGCAUAUGGCGUGAUGGACGUAAUAUAGCGCCCUCAACAUUCUCCGCCAAAACGCAUACACACUACCAGAAGCCGCGUUCAUUCUCCAUUAUACUGACAACAGCAGUGUUUAUUGUGUUACUCGCCGUGAUCUCAAUAGCCGGAUUGGCAUUCUACUUUAGCUCGGUGAAAGCGAAUUUGGAAGAUCCUGUGCUUGGAUUCGAGGGUUCAUUUCGCAUUGCGAAGGGUGACCUCUUUUCGACGGGCCUAAAGUAUAAUCACACGACGACUUAUAAGCAGAAAAUCGAAUUUUACAAACGUUUCGUUGAACGCUCACUAAUGGAUAAUGGCUUGCAGCCAUUGCGCGUGGAUACGUGGGGCUUUGGUGAGGGACCGCUGAUAAAGGUGUUUUUUCGCACUUUCCUGGAUGUGAGAAAGUUGCCACAAAAUAUCCAUAGCGUCGAAGACUACAUCAAAGAGUCACUAUUUCUGGAAACAACAGCUACUAAAUCGUUAUAUCGCUCUUUGCGCAUAGACGCCGACUCGGUGGAGAUAAAACGUAUACUGGACGAGUCGGUUGUGCGUUCGGCAUCGCUCUUCAAGGAUGCUAUGCAGCAACCCACCAGCCAGUCGCAGCUCGAGAAACGUCUUAUAAAGAAACCGAAUACGCCAUCGCUACUUUCUAAACCCGCCACUACAGUGAAAACGCGUACCACACACCGUCCUCACUCGGCGGACGAUGAACCGGAAGUGGAUGUAGAAAAUGCGCCAGUUAUACAAGGUUCCUUUGAAGGUUCUUUCGAAAUCACCAAAACCGAUGCUGAUAUCUCGCGCAAGAAGGCUACUAUGCCUACGAAAGCUUACACAAGUUUGGCACCCAAAGCUGUUACACCGUUUGCAUUGCGCGUCAAGCCAAAGAAACCAUCCAUUGAGAAGAUGACGACAAUUAUACCACAGCAUCAGCAAACAAUGACGACGUUGGGCGCAACAUCUACAAGCACCACUAGAGCAACGAGCACCACUAAAGCGACUACAACCACUUCUAAAGCAACAACGAAAACUACGUCCACAUCGACCAGAACUACGGCUACAACUCGAAGGUCGACCACAAGCACCAGCACUUCAAGCACUUCGGCACCCAUCACAACCACAACCACAACCACACUGCCACCAAGUAGUAGUACGACCACUACGUCAACAACAACAACUACCACAGCCCCAACUACGACUAUCAAACAAAUCACAUUUCCGCCACCAACCGCUUUUGCGCCUAAACAACCAUUCACUUUACCAACAAUGACCACACCGUCCAUGGCUUUGACGGUGCCCAAGUUGGAUGCAAACCUUUUCACUUCCAUACCAGUGCUUGACACACAGCCAUGGCGUCCGAUACAUCGUGAAGUACCUGAACUAUUACCAGGUCCACCACCUGCAUAUCCCACAAAAACGCUGACUGGUGUAGACAAGCCGAUGCCGGUGGCAUCACUUGCGCCAGCCUUUCGGCCCGACAUGCCUACGCGCCGCAUCGAUGAGAUCGAAUUGCCUUUCAUACCGGAAAAUCCUUCACCACCGACCCCACCAGCCUUCAAUCCGUAUGCGCCCGGUUUCUUUGGUACUGCUGUACGAAAACCCGAAAUGAGCGCAGAAGCGCCGAAUCCGCAAGACAUGCUAUUCUAUCAUAGUUUCGGCAAUCCAGUUUUUAUGCCAGGUACAGAGGACAUUGAGCGGCUGGGCGCGGGUGCGCAUGUGAAGCCACAUCCACUGCCGGUGCCAUUGAUUGACGAUGUAGUUAUACCACCUUUCAAGCCGCUUAUACCGGAUAUGGAGAAUGUACCGGUCGAAAACGGUGAGAAGUUCGAGCAUCUUGGCGGUGGUGUUAUCAUGAAGAAGCACGAAUUAGAGCAGGCAAGCGGAGAGCAGAAGUCAAAACCCAACGUGGGUGUGGAACCCAGUGAUGGGGAGACCGAAAUACCGGAGUUGACCGAGAAGACUCUAGUACACAGUGUUACAACUACAACGUAUAGACCAAAGUACAGCACACCAAAUAUUAAUCGCAUCGAAUCGAGUGCAAACUCUGAACUGGCUGACACGAUUGGCGAAUUUUUCAUGGGCUUGCUGAAAAUACCCAAAGACGAAACACGCAAUGUGACGAAAGUGGUUGAAGAACCUGAAGAACCUAAUGAGUCAGCUACCGAUGCACCCACUGAGUCACCUAUCGAAUCACGCGUGGAACCUGACGAGAAUAACAAGGAAAUAGAACCGGAGUCCGACAGCAAAGUAGUAGAAGAAGAUGAGGUGGUAGCGACUACGGAGUCAGAGUCCACAGCAGAGUCAGACUCAACGGCAGAGCAGGAGUCGGAGAUUGUGCAAGUGGUGGAGAAGCCAGUUGAGGAAAUUGUGACAGAAGUUUCAACCACAGCUAAGCCGACUUUCCUGAAUAUUAAAGAACUAAUUUUGAAGCGCAAUCAAGCUAAGAAUCAAACUCGAAAUAUCGAGAAUAACAUAACUGGUCGACCAACACCCACAACGACUCCACCGACUACCACCAGCACUAGCAGCACACCAGCAGUGCUGUCGACCACGACCUACACACCGCCGGCAUCAAAUUGGCAUCGAAUACGACCAUCAUACAAUCAAAAGCCACCCACAAUACUGGACGACUCAAGUCUCUUCCCAUCACAAACGAAAUGGGAAUUUAUGAAUAGUUCAUCGGCCAAUAGCUUCGGUCACACAGGCAACAUGCGUAAGGUAUUCAACAAAACGCUCCAGGCAUGGAUAUCUGAAGAUGUGGGCAGUGGCACUUCGGAGGAUAACUUUACGUUGGAUGACAUCAAGACACGCAUAAACAAUGCAACCAAUAUACAAGAUAUUUCGCUCAUCUUCGAUACGCUUGCAUCCAAGUUGGGCAUUACACCCAUUGUGCCGACAAAAGUGCCGCCAUUCUCACAGAAUAAACUCAAACAUCCGCAAGUAAUGAAUGAAAGUCGAACAAAGUUGCCAACCACAGGCACAGGCACAGGCACAGCAACAACCACAACACCACCAAUGGCUAUUAGAGAUAGACCAACAACAACAGUGUAUUGGAUGCCCACAACUAGAAGAGGCACAAUAACUGCAGUACCAGCAGCCGCAACCAAAAUGCCGUGGACGACAACCAGAAGAAUAACCACAACCACAACCACGACGUCGACGUCGACAACGACAACGACAAACACACCACCGACUGUGCCGGCAUUGAGAACGAGGCCAGCCCACCCCACUGCAAUGACAACGCCAACGACAACAACAACCACAAAAGCGCCAUUGCCACCACCAAUGCUAACAGCAACGACAGAAGAAGAUUUCAUUGAACUUCCGCUGCAGCGACGAGAGCCAUUCAUCAAACCCAUGUCCAGCUUCAUGGAGGACACAUCUUCGGAGGGCAUCGGUGCAGCCAUACCGGUGGUGGGUGAGGCUGAAGUUGAGGUCAUUGAUCCAAAUAAAUACGAGGAAAUGUUGAAGUCAUCACAGUUUGCGGCGGACACCACAACGGAAACGGCACCACAGUUGGUGACAUUGCUGCCAGUACGCUCCAACUCGGGCAUACGCACUUACAGGCCAACGCCGGAAGAGUCUGUUGAGGCGCGCAGCAACGACCAAUUGCCUAUAGCUGUAGCAGAGGCGAUGCCACUAGGCUUUGAGUUGGGGACGGCGGGUGAUGGUCAGGUUGAAGUUGUGCCGGAAACUGUUAGCGAGUUGACGGGCAUAGCAGAGCCAGUGGAAGCUGUAACAGAAGCAGUGCCGACAACGUCGAGAAGGCCGAGUGCUGUGUCGGGGCCACGACGAAGCGGCGGGCUGGGUGUGGAUGGCGGAUUUUUUGCAGGCAUACGAAGGAAGAGCGACAUUAGUCAGGCGAGAAGAUUUCCGCCAGCGGAGGCGAUUGUCAAAGGUGGACUGCAGGUAAAAGUGAAAUGAAGUCAAGGAAAAAAUUAAGGGAGGAAACAAAUAACAAAGGGAAGAGCAGGUCUUGGAAAAUGUGCAAGGAAUUAAAGGACGAUAAGUCUUAAAUUGAAGGAAGAAAAUUUCUAAGAGUGUGCAAGAUACUGAGAGCUGGAAAAUGUAACGACAUAAAUUUGGUAAAAUUUGUAGAAAUUUAGUUGAAUGUAAUUGAAAGUAUCUAGCAUUUUUAUCAUAGUUUUUAGAUUAGGCAGAUCAAUAUGUUCUUGUUCAAUAGUUGUUAGCCGUCAUACUUGUCGCCUUUGUAACGGCUGACAAUUUUUGAAUAACAACCUUUAGUUAAGAGAGAAAAUCAGGUUUAUUUUUAUUAAAAAAAAAACUUUUAAUCUAGCUACUCUUCCCCAAGAUUGAAGAAAUAUUGCAAUUUCAAGAAGAAAUUUAAAUUUAUGUAACAUUAAAAAUUAAUAGAAAAAUAAUAGAAAAAACUAUUUUUUUUUUUUUUCAAAUUACAAAUAUAAAUAUUGUAGUAAUUUUACGUAUUUCUUAGGUAAUUUCGUUAACUGUAUGUGGUAAUUUUAGUAUCUUCUUUAGCUAAAUUUAAAUAACGUUGCAAAAUGUGCAUUUUUUAAAUUUAAUAAAAGUAGGUAAGCAGAUUUUAAAGAAAACCGAGAAUUAAAAAAAGGUAAUAGUUAAUAUUGGAUAUUUAGUGCUAGUUUUUUCAUUUACUAAAAUGUAAU